ACUGCUCACCGGGGAGGAGGCAGUUCAUUGAUAAAAACGUUGGGCUCCCUUGGGCGCGAGCGCAGCGUAGCGAAUCCUGGCAGUGCCACGCGCCGCCCGGGCCGGCGGAACAGAGAUCCAGCCAGGCGGCCUCAGCCUCGCCCCGCCCGCAUGGAGCCCGCCGCCGGCUUCCUGUCUCCGCGACCCUGUCCGCGCGCGGCCGCCCUGCCCGCGCCCCCCGCCGGCCCCGGGCCGCCUCGGGCUGCCAAGCCGGGACCUGAGCUGGAGAUGCUGGGCGGGCCGCCGGCGCCAGACCCCGGGCGCCUCAUCACCGACCCGCGCAGCGGCCGCACCUACUUCAAAGGCCGCCUGCUGGGCAAGGGGGGCUUCGCCCGCUGCUACGAGGCCACCGACACAGAGACAGGCAGCUCCUACGCGGUCAAAGUCGUCUCCCAGAGCCGCAUAGCCAAGCCGCACCAGCGCGAGAAGAUCCUAAAUGAGAUCGAGCUGCACCGGAACCUGCAGCACCGUCACAUCGUGCGUUUCUCCCACCACUUUGAGGAUGCUGACAAUAUAUAUAUUUUCCUGGAGCUCUGUAGCCGAAAGUCUCUGGCCCACAUUUGGAAGGCCCGGCACACCCUGUUGGAGCCGGAGGUGCGUUACUACCUGCGGCAGAUUCUUUCUGGACUUAAAUAUUUGCACCAUCGAGGCAUCUUGCACCGAGACCUCAAACUGGGAAAUUUUUUUAUCACUGAGAAUAUGGAACUGAAAAUGGGGGAUUUUGGACUGGCAACCCGGUUGGAACCUCCAGAGCAUAGGAAGAAGACCAUCUGUGGCACCCCCAAUUAUGUGGCUCCAGAAGUAUUGCAGAGACAGGGCCACGGGACUGAAGCAGAUGUGUGGUCCCUGGGCUGUGUCAUGUACACACUGCUAUGUGGGAACCCCCCCUUUGAGACAGUUGACCUGAAGGAGACAUACCGUUGCAUCAAGCAAGUUCACUAUACGCUGCCCGCCAGCCUUUCACUGCCUGCCCGACAGCUCCUGGCUUCUAUCCUCCGUGCAUCGCCCCAAGACCGCCCCUCAAUCGACCAGAUCCUGCGCCAUGACUUCUUUACCAAGGGCUACACCCCCGACCGGCUCCCUGCCAGCAGCUGUGUGACAGCUCCAGACCUGAUACCCCUCAAUCCAGCUAAGAUUCUGUUUGUCAAAGUUACCAAGAGUCUCUUUGGCAGGAAAAAGAAUAAGAGUAAGAACCAUCCUGAGGUGCGGGAUGAAGUCUCAUGUCUGGUAAAUGGCCUUACACGGACAUCCAUAUGUCACCAGGAUGCCAAGCCUGAGGUUCCAGCAGCUUCUGGUCUAGCCCAGGUCAGCCUGGUCGAGACAGCCCCUGAAGACAGUUCGCCCCAUGGGACACUGGCAAGCAGUGGAGAUGGGUUUGAAGAAGGUCUUACUGUGGCUACAGUGGUGGAGUCAGUUCUCUGUGCUCUGAGAAACUGCCUGGCUUUCAUGCCCUCAGCUGAACAGAAUCCUGCUCCCCUGGCUCAGCCAGAGCCGCUGGUGUGGGUCAGCAAGUGGGUUGACUACUCCAACAAGUUUGGUUUCGGGUAUCAGCUGUCCAGCCGCCGUGUGGCUGUGCUCUUCAACAAUGGCACACACAUGGCCCUGUCGGCGAACAGGAAGAUCGUGUACUACAACCCCACAAGCACAAAACACUUCUCCUUCUCUGUGGAUGCAGUGCCACGGGCCCUGCAGCCUCAGUUGAGUGUUCUUCGGUAUUUUGCUUCCUACAUGGAGCAGCGCCUCAUGAAGGUGUGUGGACUGAGAUGGGGUACACUGAGGGCUACCACAUUCCAAUCCCUUCCUCGUCCCCUUCGAGGUGGAGACCUGCCCAGUGUAGAAGAGGUGGAGGUGCCUGUCCCCCCACUUCUGCUGCAGUGGGUCAAGACUGAUCAAGCCCUACUCAUGCUGUUUAGUGAUGGCACUGUCCAGGUGAAUUUCUAUGGGGACCACACCAAGCUGAUCCUCAGCGGCUGGGAGCCCCUCCUGGUGACUUUUGUGGCCCGGAAUCGCAGUGCUUGUACUUACCUCGCUUCCCACCUCCGGCAGCUGGGCUGCUCUCCAGACCUGCGUCAGAGACUCCGCUAUGCUCUGCGCCUGCUCCGGGACCGCUGCCCGGCCUAGGCCCCUGCUGCAGAGCAGCCCCCAGCACUAGUCCUUGGUCUGAGGCCUGUGCCUGUAAGGCUAUGCCUUCGUGGCCCUCCUUGUCCCUUUGGUGCCUCACUGGGGGCUGUGAACUGAAUCCCCCAGAGAAUCAGGGACCAGCUUUAUUGGGGCUGGAGGCUGCCUAUCCUAGGUACCUCCAUACUCCUUCUCCAAGAUAAGCCUGAGCCUUAGCCCCUGGCUAGGGGGCACUGUUUAUGGACCACUUUUAUUUAUUGACAGACAUUUAUUUAUUGGGACGUGAGCCCCAAGGAGGGCCUCCUUCCGAGAUAAUAAACCAUUUUGCAGAA